UAAUGCCGAUUUCCAAGGGCUAGAACUGUCACUUUAAGUGUACGUACUAUUUUCAAGGCACAAAAAUACCCUCUCUUCGCGAAGUGUGUCUGAGAGAGAGAGAGAGAGCGAUGGAGGGCGACGUCGAGAUGGCGGCGGAGGAGGAAGGGGCUGCCGUUGAGCUGGAUGACAUGAAGAAGAGGCUGAAGGAGAUGGAGGAUGAAGCGGCUGCGCUUCGGGAAAUGCAGGCGAAAGUCGAACAGGAGAUGGGUGCAGUUCAAGAUCCUGCUGCUGCUGCAGCUAAUCAGACAAAUAGGGAAGAAGUGGAUUCUCGAUCAGUUUUUGUUGGCAAUGUGGAUUAUUCAUGUACACCGGAGGAAGUGCAGCAGCAUUUCCAGUCUUGUGGUACAGUGAAUAGAGUAACUAUUAGGACUAACAAGUAUGGACAACCAAAAGGAUAUGCAUAUGUUGAGUUCCUUGAACCUGAAGCUGUAGAGCAAGCUAUUCUUCUGAAUGAAUCUGAACUGCACGGUCGCCAAUUGAAGGUAUCCGCCAAGAGGACCAACGUCCCAGGCAUGAAGCAAUUCCGCCCCCGGCGCUCCAAUCCCUAUAUGGGCUUUCGAUCUAGGACGCCAUACAUGCCUGCUCCAUACAUGUACUCUCCUUAUGGAUAUGGGAAAGUUCCCAGGUUUAGAGUACCCAUGAGAUACAGCCCUUACUUCUGAGCCUCAAGUUUAAACUUACUGCUCCUGGAUAUUUCAUGUACUUCACCUUUGAAUGUUUUUUCCCUCUUCUUUCUAUGUGAUGUGUUGUGAUUGGCAGUGAUAGUGAAGCUUUUAGUGAAAUCACAUUAAUCAAUAUCUGUAAUUAUGAUCAUUGCCUUCUUACCCAUA